AUGUCGGCCCCCGCGACGUGGGACGGGUCCGGGACCCAGGAGGAUCUCAUGUACCGCGACGAGUGCAUCAUCGUGGACGACAAGGACAACAUCAUCGGCCACGACAGCAAGUACGCCGCGCACAGGUUCAUCCCGGAGCAACCGGGCGGGAUGCUCCACCGCGCGUUCAGCGUCUUCCUUUUCGACGAUCGGAACAAGCUCCUCCUGCAGCAGCGCGCGUCGAGCAAGAUCACCUUCCCGUCGCUGUGGACGAACACGUGCUGCUCGCACCCGCUGUACGGGCAGACGCCGAGCGAGGUGGACGUCCCGGAGGACGUCGCGAGCGGGGCGGUCCCCGGCGCGAAGCGCGCGGCGGUCCGGAAGCUCCUCCACGAGCUAGGGAUCCCCCCGGAGCAGGUGCCUCUCCAAAAAUUCAAGUACCUCACGCGGCUGCACUACAAAGCCGCGGACGCGUUCGCGGAGAACCAGAGCAUGACGGGCGGGCCGUGGGGCGAGCACGAGAUGGAUUACAUCCUGUUCAUCAAGCCCGACGCCCCGGUGACGAUCGAGCCUAACCCGGACGAGAUCGACGACGUGAAGUGGGUGAACCGCGAGGAGUUGCGAGAGAUGAUGGGUCCGAGCAGCGGGCUGCGGUGGAGCCCGUGGUUCCGGAUCAUAUGCGAGAGGUUUCUCGACGCGUGGUGGAGUGAUCUCGAGAGGACGAUCGAGAGCGACGCGCACGAGGACUUCGAGACGAUCCACGAGGUGAUGUGA